GAUUUAAAAUUAAAAGCGCUUUAUUUGCCAUAUUACUUCUAUUAUUACUCAUCUACCAAAAAUUAUGUCUGCCUGGAGUAUUGUUAUCGCCACAUGCUGCCUCUGGGCCCUGAUUAUACCCGCAGUCCGUCCGAAUCCCAUAGUUCCCCGGGCGGACGUGGCCAGUGAGUUCAUCAUCCUGCACAACAAUGACAUGCACGCCAGGUUCGAGCAGACGAACGUGAACAGUGGCACCUGCUCCGAGGAGGAUGCCAACACGGAUAAGUGCUAUGGAGGAUUUGCCCGAGUGGCCUACGAAGUUCGCAAGUACCGCAAGGAGGCGCAGGAGGGUGGCACUCCAGUGUUUUACCUGAAUGCAGGUGACACCUACACUGGCACCGCUUGGUUCACCGUCUACAAGGACAAGAUCGCCAGUGCUUUCCUGAACAAGCUCUCCCCAGAUGCCAUUUCCCUGGGCAACCAUGAGUUCGACCAGAAUGUGGAGGGCCUGGUUCCCUUCCUCAAUGCCGUGGAGUUCCCCGUGCUGGCCUGCAACCUGAACCUGACCGAUGUGCCCGAGAUGGCGGCCGCCAAGCAGUUGGCCAACUCCACUGUCUUGGAGACAAAUGGUGUCAAAAUUGGCGUCAUUGGCUACCUCACUCCCGACACCAAGACCCUUGCCUUCCGGAACAAAGUGGAGUACGAGGAGGAGAUAGUGUCCAUCAAUGCUGAGGCUGCCAAGCUGAAAGCUCAGGGCAUCAACAUCAUCAUCGCCUUAGGUCACUCCGGCUACCAAAAGGAUCAGGAGAUUGCCAAAAACUGUCCGGAGGUGGACAUUGUCAUUGGGGGACAUUCGCACACCUUCCUCGAUGCCAGUCAGCCGGUGGCCGAUCCCACGGACUCCGAUCCGGAGGCAGUUAGGGGUCCCUAUCCCACCACAGUGGUGCAGGAGAGCGGCAAGAAGGUGCCGGUGGUGCAGGCCUAUGCGUACACAAAGUAUCUGGGCAAGAUCCAUGUCCAGUUCGAUGCCGACGGCAAUCUGAUUGAGUUUGACGGUGCUCCCAUCCUGCUGAAUGCCUCGGUGGCACAGGAACAGGAUCUGCUGGACUUGCUGGCCGAAUACCGUCCCGGACUGGAGGAGCUGGAGAACACGAUUCUGGGCUACACCAAGGUGUUCCUCGAGGGUGGAAACAUCUGCCGCAUGAGGGAGUGCAAUCUGGGCAACCUGGUCACUGAUGCCAUGAUCUACAGUCGCGUGGUGGAGGACCAGGGCGGCGACUUCUGGACGGAUGCAUCCAUUGCCCUGAUUCAGGGAGGUGCAAUCCGAGCCUCAGUCGAGAAGGGAAACGAUGGCGCCAUCAGUGGAGCCACUCUUCUCACCGUCCUUCCCUUCGAGAACAAUCUGUACAUCGUGAGGAUCUCCGGAAAGAAGCUCCUGGCCGCUCUGGAGCACUCCGCUAGCGUACGAUUGCUGGACUCGAACGGUGGCUUCCUGCAGAUGUCCGGACUCCGGGUGGAGUAUAACUACAACAACGCCGCUGGCAAGCGGGUGGUCUCCGCCCAGGCCCUGUGCUCCAACUGCUCCGUUCCAACCUACCACAAUGUUAACGAGACCGAGCUCUACUUGGUGAUCCUGCCGCAGUUCCUGCUCGAGGGCGGCGAUGGGUACGACCUAACCGAGGAGGAGGUGGAUCCCUACAGCCUACGCCUGCCGAGGAACGAGUUGAACGCCACCAUGGAGUACCUGAAGCAGCGCCACUUUGUCUACCCGGAGAUCGAGGACAGAAUCGUGAUCCACGAGAAGGUCGACACAGGAUCUGCGUCCGGAAUCGUUGCUUCUGUAGCGCUGCUCCUGAUCUCUUCCCUGCUUACCAGAUUCUUCUAGAGAAACUUCCUUGACGUAAUAUAUACCUAUGAGGUCCCGGCACCCGGACUUUACAUCCCCUCCCUGCAAUUAGCUUAAAUCUGUGUCGUCUGGUGAGGUCUGGGUUGCUCUUUGGAUCGUCUCAGGUCACACACUUUAAUUGGGUUUAACCAUCGCACGAAAAUAGCAAAUAAAUGUUGUGAAAAAUUU